AGUAGCUGUGUUAUAUUUAUACGAGAUUGAUUGAGACGAGAAUGUACUGUAAAUAGGUGACUUAAAACAAUAUGAGCGAUGUUCAUGUCAAAAACUACACUUUAUUACAAAAUUAUUGUGAGAAGGCAAUAAGUCAAUUAUCCGGAGAAUGCAUUGAAAGAUUCAAGAAAACCAAAGAUGAAUAUUCUAGAAUCAAGCUUUUAUAUGAAGCUGCUACAAGUAUACCGAUUACCAUAUUAGAACUUAAUGGCAAAACCUUAAAAAAUUCAUUGGAGAGAAAAAUUGAAGGAAAUUCUUAUUUUGCGAAGAAAGACUACAUCAAUGCUUUAAAGUGUUACAACGAUGGUAUUAUAAAGUGUCCACAAAACUCAGUUGAAUCCCGAGAACUUCUUACUAUUUUGAUUUCUAACCGAAGCGCAACAUUCUUUGCGUUGAAUGAAUAUAAAAAGGUUCUCAAUGACAUUGAUUAUCUAGUAGAAAUAGGUAACUAUCCAGCUCAUUUGAACUAUAAAAUAUGGAUAAGGAAGGCGAAGUGUUAUCAUGCUUUAAAAAAUGAAAAUUUAGCUUCAGAAGCUUGUGAUGAAGCCUUAAAAAGCUUAAAAUUUAGUAAACUUGAUAAAAAAUCUAUAAGAACCAUAACACAAGAUAUAGAAAAAACAAAACAGACCAAAUUAACGUUGGUAUUAAAGCAUGAACUAGUGAUUGCCGAAGAUCCAGAAAUUUUUGAAGGUAGUAAAGAAUAUAUAGCUGCUCAUCCAAAUAUAAGCUUUGAACGUGAUACUUAUCAAGGAAGGUACGCUGUAGCUAAUGGAGAUAUAGAGACGGGAACUAUUAUUCUUGAAGAAAACGCACAUGGUGCAGUAGUAGAUACAGAACAUGCUCUAACUAACUGUCAGAACUGCUUUCUCUCUGUAGAACAACCAAUAGCUUGUUCAACGUGUGCCAAUGUCAUUUUUUGUAGUACAAUUUGUGAAAGAUUGGCUAACAGAGGUUACCAUAAAGUAGAAUGUCCAUUUCAGGAAUCACUUUUCAAAUCUGGAGCUUCGGUUAACUGCUUUUUAGCUCUGAGAAUAAUUACUCAAAAGCAUUAUUCUUAUUUCAAUGACAAGAAGAAUAGGCUCAAAGACUACCUGAACGAUAAUUGCCAGAAAACAGCUAUCAAGAAAAAGAUUUAUAGAUAUGAUGAUUAUGAUAACGUUUUCUUCUUAUGUAGAAACGAGCAUUUACGAAAUAAAGAGGAACUUAUUCAUUUCAGUUUUAUGAGUAUAUAUUUAUUGAGACUUUUAAAAUUGGGAAGAUAUUUCCCAUUUAAAACUGACGAUAAAGUUUUAAGAGAAGAAGAGAUUUAUUUUGGAAGUCUGAUUCUUAGACAUUUGCAGAUUCUACAGUUCAAUGCCCACGAAGUGUCAGAGCUCAGGAAUUUACCAAACUCUUCAGAGAUUCAAGAUGUGAUGAAUAAGUAUGAAAAUGCUAGUACCGGAGCAGCUAUUUAUCCAACAUUAGCACUUUUUAAUCACUCUUGUGACCCUAGCAUAGUCAGGUACAAUAUAAAAAGCAAAAUGGUGGUUAGAACUAUAAAACCCGUUAAAAAGGGAGAUAUAAUUUAUGAAAAUUAUGGACCACUAUAUACAACAAUGCCAUUACGAGAAAGACAAGUUACUCUUAAAAAUAAUUACUGGUUUGAAUGUCUAUGUAUACCGUGUGUAGAGAUGUGGCCAAAAUUUGAUGAAAUGACCGACAAACAAAUAAGAAUUCCCUGUAAAACUGAGAAAUGUCCUUACGUGCAUAUUACGAAAUUGGAAGAUAAUCCUUUUUUCACCUGCGAGUACUGCCAUAAAGUUAAUAGUAUCAUGUCCAAUUUAAAAGGUCUCAUGGUAUUAGAUACAAUUCUACCGGAAGCCGAGAAUCUGUUUUGUUCAGAACAAUUGAAGAGUGCGAUGGAGAAGUUUUUACAAGGAUUGAAUAUUUUAUUUGAAUAUACUAGAUCACCGCAUCCAGAAAUUAUAAAAGUUCAACAAAGAAUCAGAAAUUGCAUGAUUCACAUGGGUAAUAAAAGAUAUAACUAUAAGUUUGAUAUAUAAUCACAUUUAAAUAAUAAACGUGAAUGAAUUCAUCUAAA